CUUUACCGCUGCAAAACUUUCAAAUGUCGAAUUAUAUAGUUACUUAAAUAGUUACUUCUUUCGUCCCAAAAAAAAAAUCGUCCAUUUCCAUUUGCGAUAAAAGAAGUACUAACAUCUUUAAAAAAUGUCUUUUGAAGUUGUAGUUUUUAUUAUUCUUCUAUAAGAAUGAAGCCGGGUAGUUUGAGUGAAAAUGACAAAGCACCGGAGUUUUGAGCACACACAGUUACCAAUUACCAAAUCAAGAGGUUUUUGUUAAUCAAGUUUGGGUUGGUGGCAAAAAUGAGCCCAACUAAGACAUAGUUUAUAGGCCCCAGUCUGUCCUUUUUCUUUUUCCCCAAAAAGCAAUUCACAACUGCUGCCAAUUUUCACACUUCGUCUUCUUCCUCCAUAUGUUUUUACUGCCCUUCAAGUUUCAACUACUGAAGCUCAAUUGAAAAGCCACAAAACAGUUCAAAUUUCAUACAAUUGAAAAAAAAAACUUAACAGAAAAGAUUGGGGAUGGUUUCUGCAACGGUUUCCCAGCUCUCAUCAUUUACCUGCAUUAGGCUUCAUCAGAGAUACCGGUUUCAACCCCGAUCAUAUCCAUUUUCUCGGUCCAGGGUGCUAGUUUCGAAGAGCAAUGAUGGAUACCAUACAAGCAUUUCGAAUUCUGAAAUGAAGAGGACAGCAAGUUAUACAGAAGAUGCAUCUCCUACACAAAAUGGAAGGUCAGUAAAGCUUGAUCCUGCUGCUCCUGAACCACUACCAGUAAAAGAGGAAAGUGAAACUGUAGAGGGUUCUGCUGUAACCGAACAAAUAAGGGCUGCCAAGAUUCAUGAUUUUUGCUUAGGAAUUCCAUUUGGUGGGCUCGUAUUAAGCGGGGGUCUAUUCAGUUUUAUCGUCUCUAAAAAUCCUGCCACUUUGCUUUAUGGUGGUGGUCUUCUUGGCCUCAGUGUUCUUAGCUUAAAGGUCUGGCGAACCGGAAAAUCCAGCCUGCCAUUCAUGUUUGGUCAAGCAGUGCUCGCUGCAGCCCUCCUGUGGAAGAAUAUUCGGGCAUACUCAUCGGUAUUCUAUUCCUCUUCUUUUUUCUUUCUUUAUUUUUUAUGGGUAAACUACUUUCCCCACUCUUGAAAUAUGACAAAUCUUCAAAAGGAACCUGAUUGCUUGAAAUAUCUACUAAUAUUGCCCUUGAUUUCCUAGACUCAUACUGCCUAGACCCCUACCAGGUGGGAUAGAAAAGGAUGACACAAACAGAAAUCGAAUGUUGAAGCUGGUUUCCUUUAUGUAACUCCUUUCAGAACUACGCAUAUAAAUAUUAAACUUUUGAUAAUUUGUAUUUAUUUUAAUGAGUUAGUUAAUAGAUGACUUUUUUCCUUCCUGUUAAAUUUAAGUUUGUGUUUGGGGUGAAAAAAUUGAUAAACAAGGAAAGUUUGAUGAGAAUUCUGAAUGUAAGAAAAGAUGUUUGAUCAAGUUUCAGCAAAAAAAACUAUAGGAUAUUAUGCUUUGGAAAUGUAUAUUUUCUUUCUUUUAUUGUUUGAAUUUAAAGUUUAAUCACUGGAUGGACCUUUUUGUUCUUCUAUGCUUUUUGAUAGUUAACUUAUAUUUCUGGUAUCAGCUAUUAUAUAAAGCCGCAGGUCUGUUUUAUUGUUUUUCUGAAACUCGAGGUUGGUAAAUGUAACUUAUCCUAUAUGUUUUCAUUAAUAAAAUACUGCUUCUUGGUUGUUGCAGGGGAAAAAGAUAUUUCCCGUGGUCUUUUAUGCUGCUAUUAGGUACUCUGAACUAAGAUGACUUCAACUUUUUUCCCCCUGAAUAUUGCAACAUCAUUUUGUGGAGUUUCGGCCGUGCUUAGUUAUGCGGAAUCCAGUAUUUUACUUAUUCUGUUGAUUGAUUGGUCUCCUGCCUUCUGUAUAUAACAGUGCUGCGAUGCUAUGUUUUUAUACCUAUGUGGUGCUAUCUGGUGGCAAUCCCCCGCCAAAGAAGAAGUCCUCUGUUGCUGCUAUCCAGUCAUGAUCAAAAGCCCUGAAGGUCAGAUCUGAGUCUAAAUUAUAUGGCCGGGCGCUAGGUCUAGUCAUUUGCCGCUAUAGUUUUACACAUCUGUACAUGAGGGACUAAUCACUCGAUGAGCUGGAAUAUCUAUAAUGAUAGCCUUGUGGCACAUUGCCAAAACUGGUCUUCUAUCUCUCAAUUGUUCUUUGAUUAAAUUAGAGCCGAAAUCAUAAGUUGUACCAUCUUUUUUAAACUGUGAGGCAAAAAAUAUCUAUUAUCUGUUGUGUGUUACAGGAACAGCAACCCCCUCUCUCCCCUAAUUUUGGGCUUCUGUUUAGCUUGAUUUUGGUUCUGUUCUGAACAAGUCUUUAUUUAUAACAUGGAUCUGUUCUGAACUAGUCCUUAUUUAUUACGUGGAUUUGCUCAGCAGGAGAUCAUGAUUUUUAUGCCGUAGUUGUCGUCUUAUGUGAAUAUUGAGGCCGCAUAGAGAUUAAUGUGUUCGUGUUAAAAGUUAAGUACCAAUGCUGCUUAAAUUCGAAUACGGACUGGCUAACUGGCCAUUUAUUCAUUUCUAGUUUGCAAGCUGUAGUAUCCUCCUUGUUCAUGUUGUUGAAAUAAAAGGGAAUAAUGGUUUCCUAUUAAGGACAAAAACAAGAAAUUUG